UAGGGCAGUAUCUCUUAAUGAUGUUCUAACAAAGUCUUGUGAAGAGGCAGAGCUAGUGGCAACAAAAGUCUGCAAUUAAGGCUGAGUAUGUUGCCUGAAAUACAAGAUAAUUGUCCAGGCAAGAUCGUUGGAAUGGAUUCAGAGCCUGUAGUUGCCAAUGCUCUCUCUAGGUGUUUGGCACAUCCAGCAGAGAGGAGAACUCCUCAGGAAUGUGUUUAUUCCAUGGUAUGGCCCACUGUACAGCUAAGCCUUAGAGCUGAAUGUUUUGUUCUGCGAAGUUUCAUGGCCUCAUCUGGUUUGUGUUUUUUGUUUUUUUUUCAUCUUCCCCUUCUUACAGGCUCUUAGUCUGGUGUAAAGCUGAUGGGUGGGAGCAAAGGUAAAGAAUGAUGUAAUGCAGCAGCAGCCAGAAAGCAUCUUUUGUGUGAAUUGUGAAAUGGCUACUCCGUAGUCAUCUCCCAAUGAAUCAGACGUGAGGGGCCGCUUUGUGGAGCCAACCCUUUGUACAUCAACUGGAAGCAGGAGGAGACAUUCAGUCCAAGAGCUCUUUCUGAAAAUGGAUUUAACUUUUCUUUUGCCAGUCACUACCAGCAUGACCUCAUACACUUCUAGUACAAUGGUGUGGCUAAGCCUUUGAGUACACAGCCAUUACAUCAUCGCAGCAAAUUAGAGAGGGAGGUGGGGAGAGAAGCCUUGUUGUUGUCAUGGCUGAUGAGAUGAUCAGGACCCAAGUCAUUGUCGCUGAGAAGCUGGUGGCUUUGCUGGAGAGUGGGACAGAGAGGUUGCUGCUGAUUGAUAGCCGCCCCUUUGUGGAAUACAACACCUCCCACAUCCUGGAUGCCAUCAACAUCAACUGCUCCAAGCUCAUGAAGCGCAGGCUGCAGCAGGACAAAGUUUUGAUCACAGAGCUUAUUCAGCAUUCAGCAAAACACAAGAUUGAAAUUGAUUGCAAGCAGGAAGUGGUGGUGUAUGACCAAAGCUCUAAAGAUGUGACCUCUCUCUCAUCUGACUGCUUUCUUACUGUGCUCCUGGGCAAACUGGAGAAGAAUUUCAGCUCUGUGUAUCUGCUUUCAGGUGGAUUUGCUGAGUUCUCCAGCUCUUUCCCUGGUCUCUGUGAAGGAAAAUCCACACUCAUCCCUACUUGCAUUUCUCAACCCUGCCUACCUGUUUCCAACACUGGCCCAACUAGAAUCCUGCCUCAUCUCUACCUUGGGUGUCAGCGAGAUGUCCUCAACAAGGAGCUGAUGCAGCAGAACGACAUUGGCUACGUCCUGAAUGCCAGCAAUACUUGUCCAAAGCCUGAUUUUAUUCCAGAAUCCCAUUUCCUCAGAGUGCCUGUGAAUGACAGCUUUUGUGAGAAAAUUUUGCCUUGGUUGGAUAAAUCAGUUGAUUUUAUAGAAAAAGCAAAAGCAUCCAAUGGCCAUGUGCUGGUGCACUGUUUAGCUGGGAUAUCUCGUUCUGCCACAAUUGCCAUUGCAUACAUCAUGAAAAGAAUGGAUAUGUCCUUGGAUGAAGCUUACAGAUUUGUGAAAGAAAAGCGACCAACCAUUUCUCCCAACUUCAACUUCCUGGGCCAGCUUUUGGACUUCGAGAAGAAGAUCAAGAACCAGAGCGCUCAGCCCGGCCCCAUCAGCAAGCUGAAGCUGCUGCACUUGGAGAAGAGCAGCGAGCAGGUGCAGGCGCCGGAGGGGGGCCCGAGCAGCCUCUGCAGCAGCCAGCUCUGCCUCUGCAGCGCCUCGGAGCUGCGGGAGCCCAAGGCCACCGACGGCGGCACCGCUGCCCGCGGGCACCCGGCCCCGCUGGAGGACGGCCAGCUGCUGCAGGGCAUCAACGGGCUGCACGUCUCCCUGCAGGACAAGGUGGAAGACAGCAACCGGCUGAAGCGCUCCUUUUCUUUGGAUAUCAAAUCCGUGUCCUACUCGGCGAGCAGCAGCUGCGUGACCGCAUCGGUGCAGGGCUUCGCCUCCUCCGAGGACACGCUGGAGUACUACAAACACGCGGCCGCCCUGGAGGGCAGCGGCAAGCUGUGUCAGUUCUCCCCCGUGCAGGAGGUGUCGGAGCAGAGCCCGGAGAGCAGCCCCGACAAGGAGGAGGCGGCCCGGCCGCAGGAGGCGGCGGGCCCGUGGCCGCUGGACAGCCCGGCCUCACGGCCGCACGCGGGUCGCGCCGGCGGCAGCGCGGCCGCGCCUCGGCCCCUCCUGUACCCCCUGCACCGCAGCGGCAGCGUGGAGGACACCUGCAGAACGGGCUUCGUGUUCGGGCUCUCCACCAGCCAGCAGCACCUGGCCAAGUCCGCCGCGGGGCUGGGCCUCAAAGGCUGGCACUCGGACAUCCUGGCCCCGCAGCCCUCGUCCCUCACCAACAGCUGGUAUUUCACCGCCGAGUCCUCGCAUUUCUACUCGGCCUCGGCGGUGUUCGGGGGCGGCGCGGCCUUCCCCGCCUACAGCUGCAGCCAGCUGCCCUCGGGCUGCGAGCAGCCCAGCGCCGUGCGCCGCCGGCCCCGCCAGGCCGACCGCGGCGACUCGCGGCGCAGCUGGCACGAGGAGAGCUCCUUCGAGAAGCAGUUCAAGCGCAGGAGCUGCCAGAUGGAGUUCGGGGAGAGCAUCCUGUCGGACAACAGAUCCAGAGAGGAACUGGGCAAAGUAGGCAGUCAGUCAAGUUUUUCGGGCAGCAUGGAAAUCAUUGAGGUGUCCUGA